AAAAUGUAGAAAAGAAAAGGGACCACAAAAGCUCUCCAUUAUUCCUAUUUGAAGCAAGCCUUAGAUAGGUCUCAUAGUACCAGUACGACCACAGAAAGAAGAGUGGAGAAAUGGCGAUGGAGAAAUGUUUCGGAAUGGGUACAACCAGAGCCACUGUUCUACAACACACCCAUCGUCAUUUUGCAUCCAUCGAUGCUCCAUGUUUCACCAAGGCUCCCAUGAUGAAGUCCUCCACUCUCACCUCCUCCUUUUUCAAACUCCGAUGCAGCAACCGGUCCAACCGAAUCGUCUGCAAAUCUGCCGUAAAUCAAGUGGAAGUGGUAACAGACUGCACAUGGACUGAAUUGGUGGUAGCAGCUGACCUGCCGGUGCUGGUGGAAUUCUGGGCACCAUGGUGUGGGCCAUGCCGGAUGAUUGCUCCGGUGGUGGAUGAAUUGGCUAAAGAAUAUUCUGGCAAAGCAGUAUGUUUUAAGAUCAACACCGAUGAUUGCCCGAAUAUAGCAUCACAAUAUGGAAUAAGAAGCAUUCCGACAUUGCUUUUCUUCAAGAAUGGAGAGAAGAAAGAGAGUGUUGUUGGUGCUGUCCCUAAAUCCACUCUUAUUGCCACUUUAGAUAAGUAUAUUGACUAAUGAUUAAUCAAUUCUUCUCUUGAAUUUUAAGCCACUUUUAUUGCAUUCUACAAAGAAAUUGUAUAUGAAAAGUUGUAAAACUGUUUUUAAUGUUAAUAUAUUGCCUAUAACAAUUACAUCAA